AAUCCGUGGGCUGGAUGCCGCUUUUCAGGAAAGCGCUCAGCAUACAAAAUUGCGGCUUUCCAUUUUUAUGACAUUCGCCAUAGAUAAGUAACAUAUUUGCCAACUCUUCGUUAGUAUAACGAGAACGCUCCAUCGUGUACCGCGUUUAUCAAUUCGUAUUACCGAUUACCUUUUGUUCGUCUCUGUGCUCGACGUUCUUUUCCUUGCGUGAAACGGUUGACAACAACGGAACGUCGAAAACGCGGUACACGAUGGAGCGUCCUCGUUAUACUAACGAAGAGUUGGCAAAUAUGUUACUCAUCUAUGGCGAAUGUCAUAAAAAUGGAAAGCCGCAAUUUUGUAUGCUAAGCGCUUUCCUGAAAAACGGCAUCCAGCCCACGGAUUUUUCCAUGCAUUAUUUACUCGCCUUGUCCAGCAUGGCACGUUACGUGCAUCAAGACGUCGACAUAAUGUGCAUCAUCGAAGAGCAGAAACCAUUAAUCAAGUGAGAGAGGCCAUUUUAGCAGAUCCGCACACUAACACCAGAAGUAUUGCGUAUGAUCUCGGUAUGGACCAUACCAAGGUACAUCGAAUAAUAAAGAAGGACUUAAGAUUGCAUUGUUUCAAAAGACAUGCAACACACAAGUUGCUCUACCAAGAUUUGCCCCGCCGACAUAGAUUUUGUGAUUGGAUAUCCGACCAGGUAAAUUGUAUAGUUUACUAAUGUAUUAGCCGUUUUGCUUUCAAAACUGUAAAAUGUACAAUACGAAGUCGUGGCACCAAACUUUCAUUUGUCGAAUAUUUCUCGUUGACGCGUUUUUAUAUGGUGCUCAUAUCACCGUUUCUUCUAAAGUCUUCGUGAUAAUACGUCAACCUGAGUAAUAAACACAAAACUAAUGAUACUUUCGAGCAAAUUGCACAAAAAAGAAAGACAUCAGAGAAUACAACAUACAUUAUUGCAUAUCUUUAUCAUACAGGUUGAUAUUGACGAUAUUGAGGAUGAUUACUUCCUGCGGAGUAUACUAUGGACAGACGAGUGCACUUUCCGCAGUGACGGUCGUAUUAAUCGUCAAAAUGAACAUCAUUACGCGGAAGAGAAUCCUCAUUGCAGGAAAGAAACACACGUCCAGGGAAAAUUUCAUGUUAAUCCUUGGAUGGGGAUUGUGGACGAUAUGAUUAUCGUACCGCACUUCUUUCCAGAAAAUAUUAAUAUUACGGUAGAAGAAUAUUCUAAUUUUCUGGAAGAACAACUGCCAAAGGAGGAUGUGGAAAAAGGUCGAUUUUUUGCCUACGAGUGGCAAGUGAAAUUCGAGUUUCAUAAAGUCAUGUAUACCUCAAAUAACACAAAAACAAUAGUCAUUUUUUCUAGAAUCACAGGGAACAUAAAAAAAUCAUAAGGAGUUUGUGAAAAAAUCACGGUCGCCAAGUAGAUUAUUGCUGGACUGUUCUGUGCUCUCGAAUCUCUAAGCACUCGAAUAGAAAUAUAUAAUUGAGAAUUUUGAGAUCGCUGAUUAUCAGUUUGAUGUCAGAAAUCUAAAUAACCAAUAUGGCGAACCACUAUGGUGGAUUGAACGUGGCAAACUUAUGGUGCAAAAUCUCGGAAAAAUCUCUGUAUCUCGUGAGAGUAUUUAAUAAUUCACUUUAAGAUAUUCUGAAUGCCUGAUACUGUUUUCGAAACCCGUGUGCCUCACGAGACCAUCCCCUCUCCACCGGAGCCGAAAUCUAACAUCACUGCGGCGCGUGUCGAGACUGUGGCCGUAAUAGUGG